GUGACACGCAUAUGGGCGGCCAUGAGACCUUUUGUACACAUUGAAAACAAAAAACAAGAGACAUUGUCAAGAUGUUACUGCUAUCGGUAACACUGCUUCUUCUUCAUCAAGGAUAUGCGCUGGCUCCAGUGACUACAGUUCAACUUGGUGAAUCUGCGACCUUAACGUGUGCUCUGCCUAAUACUGAGAUAAGGCGCAGAGAACUCCGCUGGUACAAGCAGUGUGCUGGAGAGACUCUGACAUUAAUUGUGACACUGCCCGAAUCCUCAAAACCUACACUUGCACCAGGGUUUUCUGACUCAAAAUUGGAGGUACAUAUUGGUAACAAUUUAAGCACCCUGACCAUUCGGAGGACAAUCCCAGAAGAUGAAGGAAUGUAUCACUGCUUAAUCGAGGAUUUGCUUAGGAUUCGUGUAUGGAGUGGGAUAUAUUUGUUAUUAAAAGGAAACACUCAGAGGACUUUAGACUAUUCUGUUGUUCAGUGGCCGACAUUAUCUGAUCCGGCUCCUCAAGAAAACUCGAUGACCCUUCAGUGUUCGGUCCUCUCUAAAUCUAAAAAUAAAACAUGUCCAGGAGACAUCAGUGUGUUCUGGUUUGGAGCUGGAUCAGAUACAUUUCGUCCAAACAUCAUCUACACUGAUGGAAGAAGACCAAAGGAAUGUGAGAAGUUACCGGACACUCAGAAGAGUUGUGUUUAUCGCUCCUCAAAGAACUUCAGCUCAUCUGAUGCCGGGACUUACUACUGUGCUGUGGCCACAUGUGGAGAGAUAUUAUUUGGAGAUGUUACACAUCCGCAAUUAGAGAAAACUGCAAGUCCUGAAGUUGUUGCGCUGGUGAUAGCGAUCGUCUGCUUGGUCAUUUCUGUGAUUGGAAACAUUGUUUUCUUCUGUUGCCGAACUUCAAAAUGUAAAGGAAUAGAAAACCCCACUGGGCAAGCAAGAUAUGACAACUCAAGCCAACCAGUGCAUGAUAUGAUUGAAGGGGGAAAUGAUCUGAACUAUGCUGCCCUUCAUUUCUCUGGAAGGAAGGCUACAAGAGGAAGAAAGAGGAGUGAUUUGACGACUGAAGAAAGUGUGUACUCAUGUUAAAUGCUAAUUGUGAAUGUGUGUCUAAAAAAACCUGUAGGUUGGUUGAUCAUACUGACCUCUGACAAUGACUUAUAAUGUAAAUAUGUUAGCUUCCCUUUUGUUUGGAGUGAGGUUUUUCCAUGCUAAAAUCUGAAAUCAUAUCACACAGAUGCUUUUUAUAUUCCUUGUUUGUCCAUUAUUUGAUCUGCUCAUUCUGUGUUUGAAUGUGUUGUCAUUUUAUCUUAUCUUAUCUUAGUUUUGUCUUUUUAUAAGAUACUUUACUUUGUGUUUAAUAUUACCUAUCACACGUAAAAACUGGACUCAUUGUGCACUCACUAUUCCUGUAUUGUAGCCUGUUCUGAAUAUACUGUCUUUGCAUAUUAACCCAACACAAAGCCUAAACAGUCUUGUGUUUAGAUAAAAACUCAAAUGUGUUUCAAAGUUCAAGCCAAACAUUAAUUAAAACAACAACAAUUAAACAAGAAUUGUACUGGUGA